AGUGCAAAAGAAGCGUUCACUCCCUCCAGAGGAGCGCACAGCUUUUUGAGGGAGCCAGUGGUGAGGGGGAGAAAAACAAUCCAGUCAGCGUUUUGUAGCACUUUCAGAUGAGUUCUUCUACCUCGUUAGAGAUAUUGGCAUAGCUGACAGAUCAUCUGACGCCAGUUUAAGGAAUGUUUUAGGGACAAAUUGUCUCCAAGGGGCAAUUGGAGCGGGCAGUCUGAGCCUUUAUAAUGCGGAGAGAUCAAGUCUCAGUAGUUUGUCGGUAUGAACGCAGCGCAGACGGACCCUGAGAAACUGCUUUCAUGGAUUGACUGACUGAUUGAUUGGCGUUUGAUUUUUUUUUAAUUUUUCAGUAUCAGAGGAUUUUUUUUCCUGUGUCGUGGUUAGUAUAUAAUUCUGAAAUUAAAAAAAGAAACCCUCAAAUCGUGGAUUAUUAUCAUUGGGAGUCGAGGAUUUUUGUGGUGCGUCUGAGGAUAUAGAUUUGUUUUUUUACAGUGAUCCUGCGCUUGGGUCAAGGAUCCGGAGAGGGGAAUUAACCUUUCACAAGGUGGAAAUAUAAGUCGUAUUGGACCCUAACUCAUCUCUCUUGCUGCUGAGUCCAACAUGAAGUCUGUCACUGUGUGGAUGUGCGUCCACAUCUUUCUCCUGCUCUUAGAUGAGGCAGCAAGUUCCUGGGAGGGUCCUUCAGCUUUGUCUGUGUCCUUGGCCAAUGGUUCUCCAGGGUCUGCGGGCACUGGGUCUGGGCCCGGAGCUCAGCCAGAAUGGGUGGACUGCAUCCAGGCGAGUGACAUGUGCAACCAGAACCCUUACUGCAGCUCUCGGUACCGGGUGAUGCGCCAGUGCCUUGUGGGCAAGGAGAAGGAAGCAAUGCUGGACAACAACAGGGAGUGCCAGGCUGCUUUGGAAGUGCUGCUGGUUAGUCCUCUGUAUGACUGCCGCUGCAAGAGGGGCAUGAAGAAGGAGCUGCAGUGUCUGCAGAACUACUGGACCAUCCACAUGGGACUCACUGAAGGUGGAGACAUAGAGGACUCAUCCCCGUACGAACCUGUAGCACCAAACCGACACCCCGAUGCAUUCCGCUUGGCCUCCAUCUCUUCAGGAAUGCUCACAGCGGCCCCAAAAGGUUUCCACUGUCUUGAUGCAGAGAGAAACUGCAACCCCUGUCUUGACGCGGCCAAAGCCUGCAACCUCAACGGUAGCUGCAAGAGGCAACGCUCCGCCUACAUUGCUACCUGCAGCAAGGAGGACCCCAACAAGGGUGAAGCGUGCAGCAAGAAGCGCUGCCAUAAAGCACUGAGGUUGUUCCUGGACCGUGUGCCCCCUGAGUACAGCCACCGGCUGCUCUUCUGCCCCUGCCAGAGCGAGGGUUGCGCCGAACGACGCAGGCAGACAAUCGUGCCCGAUUGCUCCUAUAAAGAUAAGGAGAAACCCAACUGUCUGGAGCUACGGAGGGUCUGCCGCCAAGACGCUCUCUGCAGGUCUAGGCUGGCUGAUUACCUUGUGAACUGCUGGGUGACUCCGCACACACCGAGCACCUGUCCCAACCAAGACAAUCACCAAGCCUGCUUGGCCUCCUACGCAAGGCUCAUCGAGAUGACUCCCAACUAUGUCGACAGCAGCUUCUCCAAUUGGACCAUCUCUCCGUGGUGCACCUGUAAGGGCAGUGGAAAUCAGGAAGAGGAAUGUAUGAACUUCCUGCGGUACUUCACCGAUAACACAUGCCUAAGAGAUGCCAUUCAGGCCUUUGGCUAUGGGAUAGACAACAUGCAGAACAAAAACGUGUCUGUCCCUGGCCCCUCAGUGACCACGAAGACGGGGUCAGAUUUGUCGAUGGGCACCUCAGUACCUCCCAUUGUCACCAUCCAAGAGUAUUCUGAAUCGAGAGACGAUGGCCUGGGCAAAACCCGGGGCCUGCCAGAGGAUCACUCUGCCUGUCUGUGUGCCAACGUCUGGGCUCUGCUUCCCGGCCUGGCUUUGGCUCUGGUCCUGGCCCAGCAUGCCUUAUAGGAGCGCCAGGAGAAGAAAAAAGAGGUCAUCCACCCACAAGCUGAUCCCAAAAGCAGAAGGUGUUAUUUCUGAGGCUGAUAUUAAGAAGGCUGAAUCUCUGGGUAGUUGACAUGAAUGGCAUUUAUAAAAGAAGAAAAAAACAAAAAGAGCUGGAAAAUAUUGAAGUUUUACAAGUGUGAAUUUGUUGUUCAUUUGAUGUAUCGUUAGGGCGGACCACGACUGUGAUGAAGCACAUGGCUUUAAAAAGGACCCUUGGUAGGAGAGGCCCAUGAAGGCCGUUCGCUGGGAAUUACUCUCCCUCAGACUGAGGCACAAAAUCCUGGAGGACUGAAGCUGAACAUUUCAAAGACUUCUGCACUUUUCUCACCAAAGGAGGGAGAGAAGGAGUGAACAACGUAAUUAAAAGAAGACAGGAUUGACAGAAAAGAAAUUGUUGCAGAGAGAAAAGGAAUGAGCGAGAGGUAAAUGGGGUAGGAGUGAGAGCGAGAGGAGAAAGAGACAUAUUUCUGCUAUCAGUCACACUUUUUGUUUUUUUUUGUCUUGAAUUGGUUCUCGACUUAAUCUUCUCUUGGAUGAACAGACCACAAAUUUAGGGGCGGGAUGGGGGAUGAUUACAUUCUGUCUUCAACACUAGUGUAAACUCUAAACUGUAAAGCCUACUCAGUGUUCUAAGUGUUGGUAUAGUAUCUGUGACCAUAAUCAAUCUACCGUACAGCUCUUUCAUUUGGGUGCUAUACAGUAUACUUUUUCAGCAGGCGGCGAAAAGAACUAAAGAUGGCGACGUAACCAGUGAAUGGUCCUUUGGUCAUUUGAGAUGUUGUUGUUAAUGACUGUGGGUGUGCGCCAUAUGUCCACCUGCACAUGUGUAUAUUUCUGUCUCUAUGUAUAUAAAAAACUCUUUUCUUUCAUUCAACCAAAUGAUAUCUACGGUAACUUGAAUGGACAUUACUGUACGCUAAGAUGGCUCUGUAUUGGAACUAAUGGAAGGCCUUCAUUAUCUGCGUUUAUAUUUGUCUAUAAAGGUUUGAUGACAAAGAAUGUAUACAGGGAUGAGAUUAAACGAGCUCUAACUGCUUGG